CCACACUUCCAGUGAAAGCCAUCCACCUAUCCUUCACUAGUGUGUGAGUGUGUGUGUGUGAGUGUGUGUGUAUGUGAGUGUGUGUGAGUGUGUGUGAGUGUGUGAGUGUGUGUGUGAGUGUGUGUGAGUGUGUGUGAGAGAGUGUGUGUGAGAGUGUGUGUGAGAGUAGGUGUGUGAGUGUGUGUGUGAGUGUGUGUGAGUGUGUGUGUGAGAGAGUGUGUGUGUAAGUGUGUGUGUAUGUGUGUGUGUGAGUGUGUGUGUGAGUGUGUCUGGGAGUGUGUGAGUGUGUGUGUGAGUAUGUGUGAGUGUGUGUGUGUGUGUGUGUGUGUGAGUGUGUCUGGGAGUGUGUGAGCCAGGCUGGAUGCCAGUGUGGAGGGCAGAGGAUAUUGGCUGGAGUUGGGUCUCCGUGUGCCAUGUGGUCCCUAGGAAUUCCACUCAUGAAAAGACUUCGAGGCCAGCGUCUUUCUCACUUAGCCAUCUCAUCUGCCCAAUGCCUUCUCACUUCCUUGUGAAGCAAAUUCAUGUGGGUGUCCUAAGAUACCACCCCACACAGUCCCUUUCUUCCCUCUGUGCCUGGACACAAAUGAACUCCUUCUGUUUCUAGGAGAACAAUCUCUAUGCUCCCUGGCAGUCUCAGGUCUGUGCUGAUUCUGCAGAUAGAAUUUGGUGCUCUCACCCUGCCUUUUCUACAACUUGGCCUCAGAAAGGCCUCCCUUACUUUGCAGCCUUCCAGGAUGAAGUGGCCCCGGGCCUUCUCUCCAUCCAUGUCUGAUAGUAAAAUCUAUGGAGGAUCAGCAAGGUGGAUCAGAAGGUUAAAAUACUUGCCUCACAAGGCUAAGAACUAUCAACCCUCAGAAACAAUGGCGGAAGGAAAAACCAUCUUCCCAAAAUGGCACCCACCCAAAAUACAGUCUCCCCUACCCUUCCACCCCCCACAUAUACACCAUCACCACCUCAUACACCUACCUACCUACACACACACACACCUACAUGCCCCCCCAACCUGGGUACCUAUACAAAUACUAAUAUUUAUCUCAGUGUGACAGCCCAAGCCUUUAAUCCCAGCUCUCAGAAGCAGAGGCAGGCCUGUAUUGAUAAGCCAGCCUGUUCUACACAGUAACCUCCUGCGAAGACUACAUAGAUCCUGUCUGGAAAAACAGAAAAUGUCCUGCUCAAACUGUCUAGUUAGUUUGGAAAGCUUCGGAAGAGGCACAUAUAGACAAAUCAUGAGUACCCUGCCAGCCAACCAGCCUCAGAUGUCCAGUAAUACUGCUGUUGUCCAGAUGAGCUGACACAGAAGAGAGCAGCAGGUGUCUGCUAAUGGAGGAAACACAGGACUAAAGCAGGAAACCAAAGAGAAGGAGUAAAAGGAGGAGAUUAAGGACAGAUAAGAGUGAAGAAAAUCCCACGGGAGCCUGGAAAGAGGUACUCAGAGACAGACAGAAAGAUCCCUCUGAGAGGCCUGAAGACCCAGGGGCAGCCAGGAUCCCAGACUGAGCUCUUGAAUUGCUGUGGCCAUGACAAACCUUGAACAGGAUGUGUCCCAGAACCCAGGCUGUAGCAUCAUGACCUUCUGCCCAACCAUGGAAGAAUUCUCCGACUUCUGCAAAUACAUUGCCUACAUGGAGUCCCAAGGUGCACACAGAGCUGGGGUGGCCAAGGUCAUCCCGCCCAAGGACUGGAAGCGAAGACAGUCCUAUGAGGAUGUCAUGGACAUGUCGAUUCCUGCUCCUCUGCAGCAAGUGGUCUCUGGGAAGGCAGGUGUGUUCACCCAAUACCAUAAGAAGAAGAAAGCCAUGACAGUGGGGAAGUAUCGUGAGCUGGCCGAGAGCAAACAAUACCAGACCCCACCACACCUGGAUUUUGAAGAUUUGGAGAGAAAAUACUGGAAGAAUCGCCUGUUUGGAUCACCAAUUUAUGGUGCUGACGUCAGCGGCUCUCUGUUUGAUGAGAACACUCAACAUUGGAACGUGGGCCACCUUGGAAGCCUUUUGGAUGUGCUGAAGCAGGACCGCGGCAUAGUGAUUGAGGGCGUCAACACGCCCUACCUGUAUUUUGGCAUGUGGAAGACCUCCUUUGCGUGGCACACGGAGGACAUGGACCUGUACAGUAUCAACUACCUGCACUUUGGACAGCCCAAGACCUGGUAUGCUGUACCCCCUGAGCAUGGCAGGCGCCUGGAGCUCCUAGCCAAGGAACUCUUCCCAGGCAGCUCCCAGGGCUGCCAGGCCUUCCUGAGGCACAAGGUGGCGCUCAUCUCACCCACUGUGCUCAAGGAGAAUGGCAUCCCCUUUGGUCGAAUCACCCAGGAGGCUGGGGAGUUCAUGGUCACCUUUCCCUAUGGCUACCACGCGGGCUUCAACCAUGGCUUCAACUGUGCAGAAGCCAUCAAUUUCGCCACGCCGAGGUGGAUUGACUAUGGCAAGGUGGCAUCUCAGUGCAGCUGUGGGGAGGCCAGGGUGAGCUUCUCCAUGGAUGCCUUUGAGGGCCUCCUGCAGCCUGAGCCAUAUGAGAUGUGGAAACAGCAAGGGAAUCAAAGAGCUAUGGACCCCCUGGCGCUCACCUCAGGUCCCAGACAGGAACUGACCCUCGGGAUCGAUCAGCUGAAACCCGAUUCGAAGCAGAAUGGUUCCCAUUCAGGACCUCGCAGGAACUGGUUGAGGAGAGGCCAGAAAAGCUGUCCAUACAGAAAGGUGCAUGCAGAAUCCCCAUGCCCUCCCACGGGCAAGCUUUUGGCUCCUCGAUCUGUUCCCCAAGGGACAAGAUGCUCCAAGCAGGCAUCUGGAUCCUCCAAGACACCUGCCAUUUGUGCUGAUGUUCUAGCUGUGAACCACUCACAGGCCUGUAGGAUCUUGGAUAGGAGCCUCAUAGUCUCCCUGCCGCUUCAGGACUUGAACUAAGUUCAUUCAGAUCUCGUGCACACGCACCCCCGACACACCCACACACACACACACACACACACACACACACACACACACACACACAAUCUGAGGCCGUUUGGCUACCAGUGGACAUUCUUAAUCACAUAAGUAAACAGCUGUCUAAGAUGUUGGCAAAUCAGCUUUGGAUGAUUCGUUUGAGUCUCCUCUUGGUUUGCACAGGGUCUCCUUCAGAAUUCCUGCACAAGUUGGAUCUGCAAGGUCUUGUGCAAUUACAUUGAGGAGUAAGAACUUCUACUAUCUUUUGAAGGACAUGGCUGUGCUGAGGGUGCCUGAUGCUUUCUUUCUCCUGCUCUGGCCACUGGACCUUCAUUGACUUGAAGCUCCCCAAUCAGAUGCCACAGUGAGAAAAAGCACAUCUCAGGCUCUCAGCAUAGCCUACGUGCAUAUGCGUGUGUGGCCAAACUGCACCCUGAAAUCGUUGUCUUUGGAACAUCAGAAAGGACCACCAAGCGACCCAGAUGAGUUCACUGACUUUUCCCUCCUAGAAAUGUGAAGGAAUGAGAGACUGGGAGGCUACAGACUGCUCUCUCUGAUGAAUUUUCCCGGCCUUUGGUUGUAAUUCUGUCCUAAUUGUCUCAUUGGCUCAGGUGGGGCUAGAGAUUAGAGGUUGUGGGAGGUUUACACAAUGGGUGGGGGGACUCCACAUGUGAGGGCAUGAAUAACCUGCUGUCCACACGAGGGCGGCAGGGCUCGUAAGGGUUCUUAUUACUUACCACUAUCCCAUGCUCUGUAAAUAGGUCCAAUAAAUAUCUUCCCUCCCUAA